AAGAAAUUUUGACUGGAAGUUAACUUCCGACAAUCUUGAUGUAGAAAUAAGUAUUAUUUAUAUUUACCUUUUUUUUGAUUUUUCAUUCAUUUUUUCUGCUCUCAAGAUUAGUUAACAUCUCAUAUAGGUGCAACAGUAAAAUUCUUUUUCAGAGUGCAAACUACAUCAGGUUGGUGCAAUGGCAGAAGGAACAGUUUCACAGUCAGCAAAGGAUUUCUUAGCUGGUGCAUCAGGAGGUGUCGCACAAGUUUUAGUCGGUCAACCUUUUGAUUGUGUGAAAGUUCGUCUUCAGUCUCAAAGCAUUGGGUCUCCCUUAUACGAUAAUGUAUUAGAUUGUGUCAAAAAAAUAUCCAAAAACGAGGGUGUCGGCGCUUUUUACAAAGGUACUGUUAUGCCCCUCUUGGGAAUAGGAUUUUGUGUCUCCAUCCAAUUUACUACGUUUGAGUAUGCCAAACGUUUUUUUAAUCGUAAUGGGAAUCCCGUGCCUAUGCCUCAAUACUACGUUGCAGGUGCGAUAUCUGGUUUGGCCAACUCAUUUUUAGUUGGCCCUGUCGAACAUAUUCGUAUUCGUCUUCAGAUUCAAACCGGCGCCAACAAGUUGUACAAUGGUCCAUUGGAUUGUAUCAAGAAAAUUUCUUCUCAAUAUGGAAUGAAAGGAAUUAUGAAGGGUUUCAAUCCUACUGCCGUUCGUGAAGCCCAUGGUUUGGGCGUAUAUUUUUUGACUUAUGAAGCAUUGAUAAAGCAUAGCAUGGAGAAGUACCAAAUGAAGGAUCGUGCUGAAAUCCCUGGAUGGAAACUAUGUGCUUUUGGCGCAGCUUGCGGAUACUCAAUGUGGGUAUUUGCCUAUCCUUUUGACAUUGUCAAGUCUAAAAUACAGACUGAUGGCUUCUUGUCAAAAGCUAGCUAUAAGAGUGCAUGGCAAUGUGCCAAAGGAAUCUAUGCUAGUUCCGGUAUGAUGGGUUUUUACAGAGGUUUCAUUCCUGUUUUGAUACGUGCAGCUACUGCGAAUGCUGUCACCUUUUAUGUCUAUGAGACUGUGUCUCAAAGUGUUCGACAUCUUUAAGCAUAUUUUAUCUUUAAUAAUUUUUUCCCCUCUUCUGCUUUGGUAAAAGGAUAAUUGUUUUUUUUUUUUUUUUUUUUUUUUAGUUAAUUAUAAUUAGGAUACCUUUAAUAGAGUUUUUGUUUUCUUGAAUGGGUAGGUCAAGAACUAUAAUGGAACAUAAAUAAAUUUGUUUAAACAGUAGCUGUACAGUUUAUUGUUUACUUGAUGGAUA